AUGAGUUCAGACGAAAUCAAAUCAUAUUGUAAUCCAGAAUUAGGUCCAUUACCAACUAAAUAUACUCCACCAAAUAAAGGUAUUCUUGAUUUAUUUUCAUUAAAAGGUAAAGUAGCAUCAAUCUCGGGAGGUUCAGCUGGCUUGGGUUUUGCAAUUGCCGAGGGUUAUUGUCAAGCGGGAUCUGAUGUAGCUAUAUGGUAUAACUCGACGCCUGCAGAUGACAAAGCCAAGUAUUUAGAAGAAAAAUAUGGAGUUAAAGCAAAAGCUUAUAAGGCAGAUAUAACUAAUGCAGAUGAUGUUAAAGAAGUAAUUAAUGAAAUUAAAAAAGAUUUUGGUAAAAUUGAUAUUUUUGUUGCUAAUGCCGGAAUAAUUUGGGAAAGUGGUCCAUUAAUUGAUGAAUUAGAUUUAAGUAAAUGGCAAAAACUUAUAGAUGUAAAUGUUAAUGCUGUAUUUUAUUGUGCACAUGCAAUUGGACAAAUUUUUAAACAACAAGGAUUUGGUAAUUUAAUUAUAACUUCAUCAAUGUCAGGUAGUAUAGUUAAUAUUCCGCAACCAUUAGCUGCAUAUAAUACUUCAAAAGCUGCAGUUAAGCAUUUAGCAAAAUCAUUAGCUGUUGAAUGGGCUCCUUUCGCAAGGGUUAAUUCAGUUUCUCCUGGCUAUAUAAGUACAAAAAUGGUGGAGUAUGCUGAUAAAGACUUAGUUGGAAAAUGGUGCCAACUAACACCACUAGGUAGAUUAGCGAAUGUUUCUGAAAUUGUGGGAGUGUAUGUAUAUCUCGCGUCAGAUGCAGCUUCUUAUACUACAGCAGCUGAUAUUGCAGUGGACGGUGGAUAUACGGCUGUUUAA